AUUGUCUUAGAACAUACAACCGCCCUCAUCCUUCCCGACGACCCAGAUGUCUUACCCUUGCCCCUGUCUUCUCUAAUGACCCUCCGUCUGUGCUAUUCCUGACCAUUCCCUCCCUACCCCCAGUUCCACCACCAUUUCUGACUCUGGGCGCCGGACAGUAGACAAUGGACCUGAUAGGACAGCUCAGAGCUUCUGCUCUUUUCUGUCCAUAAGAAACAAUUGGAUUGGUGGAAGAUGCAGGGCAGGCCAGGAGCAAGGAAGGAGGGUGUGGUCAAGCAAGGCAUCCCCCGAGGCUAGAUGCCCUAAGGUUUUUAGCAGAAAGGGCGUAGAUUAGUUUCGACUUUUUUUUCUUCCCCGAGAUGAGUUUGUGGUGUUUACUUUAAAAAUAAAAUAGAAAUAAAAAAUAAGAGCUAAAACAAUUCAUACAAAUUAUAGCUCACAACUGUGAAGGGGGAGAGGGGUGGGGGCGCGAAGGAGUGCAUUCACAUGUAUCUACACAUUUAACCGAAUGCCAUCUGUCUCUCCAUUGGCUUGGCCUGUUCCCCCUGACCUUCCCAACGCAUAUGCAUGAGGCUUCCUGCCGCCUUGUGUGUGCCUAUGCAGCUGCCUGUUCCUGUGUGUGAAGAGAGGGAGAGGGGGGCGACUGAGAGAGAGAGAGAGAGAGAGAGAGCGGUGAAUAGAGAACAGAACAGCAGCCGGGCUGGAAGCUUCAGCCAUGUCAGUUUUCUCUAAAACGCUGGACAGACGAUGAGAAGAGAGGAACUAUGGCCUUGUCACUGAGUGCAGAUGAAGAGGAUUAUGAAUCAGAAUCUGAACAGCAGCAUGCAGCCAACCGGCCAAAGCCCAAGAUGGGGACGUCAGCAGCGGUCAAGCUGCCGUCGAAUCGCAGUGCGUCUGGCGCCAGACGCAGGAGAACACGCUGCCGAAAGUGUGAGGCGUGCCUCCGAACCGAGUGUGGAGACUGUCACUUCUGUAAAGACAUGAAGAAGUUUGGAGGACCAGGGCGCAUGAAGCAGUCCUGUAUCAUGAGGCAGUGCAUUGCACCUGUCCUGCCCCACACGGCUGUGUGUGUUGUGUGUGGAGAAGCAGGUAAGGAGGACUCCCUGGAGGAAGAGGAGGACAAGUUCAACAUCAUGCUCAUGGAGUGCUCCAUCUGCAGUGAGAUUGUUCACCCCAACUGCUUAAAGGUUAAAGAUGCCUCUGGCGUGGUGAAUGAUGAACUUCCCAACUGUUGGGAAUGUCCCAAAUGCAACUACGCUGGCAAAACAGGAAAAGUCUGCAAGCAAAAAAGGGGACCAGGGUUCAAGUACGCGUCCAACCUCCCUGGCUCUCUGCUGAGGGAGCAGAAGGUGGUCAAGGAGGAGGGCGAGUCCACCUCUACGUCUACAGUCAAGAGGAAGCCUGAGAGGGAUGAGACUCCCAGACACAGACCUGAGGAAUGGGAGCCCCUUCACAGACAACCCCCUGUCCUGUCCCCUAGCACCCUGCCUCGGCCCAGACCUGAGGACAAACUGAGGAAGAAGAGGAAGCUCUUCGACGAUGACUAUGAAGAGGACUUUGAUGUGAGGAAGAAGGGAAAGUCAGAUGGACAUCUGUUCCUUAAUCAGAUCAAGACUGAAGAGGAGGAGGUAAAUGAAGAGGAGAAGGCCUCUCUGUACCGGCGAGGCCUGGAGAGGAGAGGGCGUUUAGGAGAUACCGAGGAGGAGGCAGAGUACGAGGAUGACGAGGACACAAAGACAAGCCUGCCCAGGCCUCCUCUCAAAAUUCCUGUUCUAGAUAGUGACCAGUCUCACUGCAGCUCUCCAUGGGCUGGCCCCAGUAGUGAGGGGGGCAGUGAACCCCAGGAGAAGGGCCCACGUCCCAAAGCGUGCCGCAAACGCCGAUUACCAAACAAAGAACUGAGUAAAGAACUGAGCAAAGCACUGAACCAGGAGAUCCAGAAGACCGAGGACUGCCUUGCCAAUGAGAACCGCCAGCCCCUGAAGGUGGAGCCAGAGAGUGAGAAUGAAGAGCCAAAGAGGAGCUUCCGCAAUGGCAGUGACCUAGGAGGGGAGCGGCCACACCUCUGGACCAAGGAAAUUAACUGCACUCCCUGGGAGCUGCGCCACUUCUACCCCGGCCAAAUCACCCCUCUGGGCUUCAACAGGAGCUCCCCUGGCACCCGGCCCCUGCCCCCACGCUCCCCACCCAAGUGUGUCCAAAUGGAGCGCCACGUCAUCCGGCCGCCCCCCAUCAGCCCCCCGCCGGAUAGAUUGCCCCUGGUGGACGGGAAAACCCACGCGGUGCAGCGAGAGGUCUGGGUGAAGAUCUUCGGACAUAUCACACACAAGGAGCUGUGUGUCUGCAUGCGUGUCUGCAAGACAUGGAACCGAUGGUGUUGUGAUAAAAGACUGUGGACCAUAAUCGAUCUGAACCGCUGUAAAUCUAUCACUCCCCUUAUGCUGAGUGGCAUCAUCCGCAGACAGCCCCUCUCACUGGACCUCAGCUGGACCAACAUCUCCAAGAAGCAACUAAGCUGGCUUAUAAACCGCUUACCAGGUUUGCGGGUGUUGCUGCUCUCCGGGUGCUCGUGGGUGGCUGUGUCUGCCCUCUGCACCUCAAGCUGCCCUCUGCUGCGCACCUUGGAUGUGCAGUGGGUGGAGGGGCUCAAAGAUGCCCAGAUGAGGGACCUGCUCUCGCCUCCGACCGACAACAGACCAGGCCAGUUGGACAACCGUUGUAAGCUGAGGAACGUUAUGGACUUGCGUCUGGCCGGGCUGGACAUCACAGACGCCUCUCUGCGUCUGAUUAUCAGACAUAUGCCGGUACUUUCACAACUGGACCUGAGCUACUGCAACCACAUCAACGACCAGUCGGUCAACCUGCUGACGGCCGCAGGGACCACAACCAGGGACUCCCUCACAGAGAUCAACCUGUCAGUUUGUAAUAGGGUGACAGACCAUUCCCUUACCUUCUUCAAGCGCUGUGGAAGCAUCUGUCACAUUGACCUACGCUACUGCAAACAGGUGACCAAGACGGCCUGUGAACAGUUCAUAGCUGAGAUGUCUGUAAGUGUACAGUUUGGCCUCAAAGAGGACAAAUUACUGCAGAAACUCGGCUAGUUCAUUGAGGCACACUGACACAGGCCAAGAUGUACACAACAUAAGAACUACAUUUUGCACUAAAUGGAGCAAGACAAGGUUUCCCCCAUCAAGCCUGAACUGGUUGGUUUUGUAUGUUUAUUUCCUCUUCAUUGGAGAAUAUACCGUGUUAGAUUUCUGAACGAACAAUGUCACAUGAGUUGAGGAGAGAAGCAGAGGUGUGUAAAUGGACUGGGCAGAUGUUUUUGCAUCGAUCUUUCUGGAUGUUGUAGAAUCCUUGUGCUGAAAGGGGAAGACAUAAAGCUACUGGACAGAAGGAGAUGGUGAAGGAAAACAGCGUGCAUGAGUGUUUCUUUUUGUGUUUGUACAUUCUUUUUAUUUUUUUUAAGGUUUGUUAUAUUGAAUUUGUUGGGGAUUUGUUUCUACUGUUUAGGUUUGUUUUAUACAACAAUUCAUGCAUUGGGCAAAACAUUUUUAAGUUUCAGUGAAGUUUAUGUAUGCAGUACCAGAUACACUCCAGAUUUCAACCUAUGAACAGACCUCCGAUGCAUGUCAUAGAACUGAAUAUUGACCUACAGAUCCUUUAUAUCAGUUUGCCUUGACACCGAUGGUAAUAUAUAUUUUUGGAUCCUGUGAUGCUCUGAAGUUGACAUUACAGUUUAACGGUAGUUACUGACUUGGACUGGAUUUACUUUGCAUAAAACAUGAAAAUAAAACCAUGAUAAAAUACACGUUAUAAAAGUCUAAAGCUGCAAUAUGUAACUUUUGGGGUGACCUGACCAAUUUCACAUAGAAAUGUGCGUUAUAGACCUGUCAUUGAAAGCAAGUCCAAGAAGCGGUAGAGUUCAGUUGUUUCUAUGCUUCCCCUUGCUUUCGGUUUUGUACACCAGCCUUAAACAGCUGAAAAUACAAUAUUUUUGGUUAUGGAAAAUAUAUUUCACAGUAGUUUAGAUGGUAUUCUACACUAUACUUGCUUAUUUUGCCACAAACUAAAAUUUGGGUGAACUAUUAAAAUUUUUGCAACCAGGAAAUGCCGUGCGAUUUCUGCAUCUUUAAAUAAAUGUUGCUCAAGUAGUUUAAUUAAUACAGCUUGAAAUGAAUCAGUCAACCAAUAUGAAGAGUUAGUCAAAUGUAUUUUUAAAUCUCAACCUUUUGAAAUUUGUAUGAAACAGGAAAAUGCAAUCUCGUGUUACACAUGUUUUAGCAAGAGCCCAUCAUUUUUUAUUUUGCCUUUAUUUAACUAGGCAAGUCAGUUAAGAACAAAUUCUUAUUUUCAAUGACAGCCAUGUACUGUUUACCAAAGCCUCAUAGGGUGCCUGUUCAGGGGCAGAAUGACAGAUUUGUACCUCGUCAGCACAGGAGUUUGAACUUGCAACCUCCCGGUUACUAGUCCAACACUCUAACCACUAGGCUACCCUGCCGCCACAUAAUGUGAGUGUGUAAAGUAAUUGAAUCAUUUUUCACCCAUAAAUACAAUAAGUGGCUUCCAGACUUGGUGUGCAGUACGUUUCUUUGAAAGAGCAUUUGCUCAUCCAAUCAUUAAUUCCAAGAUUGACAGAUCUUGUCAUUAUUUUACAUUUUCUUUAUUUAUAUUUGAGUAAUCAUCCAUAAUCAUAUCUGUGGUUUUGUGCAAAUAAUAUAAUUGUCAUUAUUUAUGUGUUGUGAUUGUGGCGUACAAUGUCAAGUGAAUGCUGUUGGCCACACAGAUGCACAUGAUGUAGUUUUAUAUUUGGAAAUCUAAAACCAAGUGCUAUGAUUGUCAUUAAAAGUAUAUUUCUCUGUAUAAAA